AUGGAACCCCAGCUCCCUAACAAGAACGAGAUCCGCUCGCAGGCCGCGGCCGGCGAGCCAAUCACCCAGACCGAGGCCUCGACCCUCGCCUCCGCCGAGACCGACGUGACCGGCUUCGGCCCCAUCAAGGGCGGCACGGCGGCCACGGCGCAGAGCGUGCACGACAGGCAGCAGAACUUCAUUGCGACGGCCGGCGACGCCGCGCGCAAGCCCGCGCGGGAGAUCACAAAGGAGGACGCCGCGGCAAUCCAGAGCGCCGAGUCUCGGGCGCUGGGCGGUCGGCCACCAAAGGGUUCGGCAUCAGCGAACGCGCAAGCACUCGCCACCGAGAACGAGAAGCAGAAACAGACACAGGGUUAA